AUGCACCCAGACGAGCUGAACCUGCGCCAAGCCAUCAACGCGGCGGCUGCCCGUUCAAGGGAGGACAGAGGGAGAGAAGCCUUGCACCUUCGAGGUCGGCUGGCGAGGUUCCUUCGAGACGCAGGUCCGGAGCGGUACACGGAAGCGGAGGCGGAGUACGACGGGUGGACGAAGGGGCUGCAUGCCUACGGCAAGACGGGGGGAGGGGGAGGGAGGCAACUGUCACCGGAAGACAAGAAGCUGUUGGACCAGGAGCUAGCGGAGUGCGUGAGCGAGUACAUGGACAUCCGGGAGCACCAGGGCGAGGACGUCGAGGACCUGAUGUGGGAGUUGCUGAGCGUCUCCAAGCGGGUGUACGGGCCUAACUCGAAGGAGGUGGCUGACCACUCGGACAGGUUCGGGCGCUACCUGUCCAAGAAGCAGAGCUACGGGCAGGCGGAGCAGCUGCUCAAGAAGGCGCUGGUGAUGAAGGAGAGGUCUUUGGGGAGGGAUCACCCGGAGAUCGCAGGGAUUCUGCGGGCCAUCGGGCGUGUUCUGUUCGAGGUGAACGCGCUGAAAGACGCCGGGGAUGCGUUCGACAAGGCGUUGACCAUCGACACCAGACAUGAGGAAACCCCGGCGGAUAUCAUCGAAGACAUGCGGUCUCUGGGCAUGGUUUACUGUCGGCAAGGGCACUACGACAAGGGGGAGAGCAUGUACCGAAAGGUCGUGGACAUGGACAAGAAGUUGAAGGGCGGGGAGGAGGACCCCUCGGUGAUCACGGAGAUGAACGUGCUCGCGGUUCUCCUCUACGCCCAGGGGAAGAUGGAUCAGGAGCAUGGACGUGUCCACUCGGAGACCGUGGCCUGCUUGUCGUGGAUCGCGGAGACACACGAGAAGCAGGAGCACUACCAAGACGCCGAGCCUAUCCUGAUCGAGGUGGUCGAACUGAACCGCCAGAUCCUGGGGGACGGCAAGCCGGGCGUAGCAGACUCCCUGACAGACCUUGGGGAGCUGCGGCGCGCCCAGGGGAACCUGGCAGCGGCGGAGGGGAACCACCUGGAGGCCCUACAAAUCCGAAUGGACGCCUAUGGAGAGAACCACGAGUCCGUGGCCCAGAGCAUGCAGCUGCUGUCGCUGCUCCUGCAAAGCGCGGGGCGAGAGGACGAGGCCCGCGAGUACGGGAGAAAGGUCGUGUCCAUCACGGAAAUCGUGCACAACUCCGAUGGAAGGCCUUCCAACACGCGGUCUCCUGGGGCGCACGCCGGGUCCGCGGAGGAACACGUGACGGGCGGGCAAGCUCGCCGAAAUCACGCCAAGGUUGCCGUCGAGAAGAGCCUCACUUGCUUGAUAGGGCGGUAGGCGACAGGCAGACGACCCUGUCCGCCGUGCUUCCUCUGGAGCGACAGAGUCAAAUGUACCGUGUAGGGCCCAGUAAGUGCCAAGGAAGUGUUUGGUUUGACAACGUCACGUACCCACUCUUUCCGAAAGUAUAAGGGUCAGUCGGAUACAAGCUCGAAUACCGCAAUGGUCCCUACAUUUCCGAAUAGAGUGGUGCCUCGGUUUGUGGUGGUCCGGGGUCUCGAGGCGCAUGGAUGGACGUGUAUUGAGUGGUACUGCCAC